AUGGUUCAGCCGGCACAACUUUUUUUCGUAUUCACCAUAUUUGAAUGGGUUGUGGAGCAAAUUUUGUCUGGCCCUCCACCUAAGAACUGUCUGAUAUGGUUGUACCUGUUCAGCAUAUCCCUUAGGAUCAUUAGAGUGCACAAGCCCCUCCACUACGACAAGCUUCACUUCUUUUUAAAGAGAGUCUCAUUUAACAACAGUGCUGGAGAUAAAAUUUCUUUUGAUAAGUAUAGAAAGCUGAUUACAGGACUGGAGAUUGAGAAUUGGGUCACCUUCCCCAACCAGUCCUUGCAUCAAGUGAAAGUUGGGAAGCUGGAUCCCUGGGCUGUUGAAGACAAAAUGUUCACUAUUCAUGAGGAAGCCAUCAAAUGGCCCAGCACUUUCAACCAAACCAUACCUGUUUCAGUGUGUACCGAGAGCUGCCUACCUGGAUAUUUUAAGAAAAAGCAGGAAGAGAAGCCUUUUUGCUGCUAUGAUUGCCUCCUGUGUCCCAAAGAAAAAAUAUCAAGCCAGAAGGAUAUGCAUGACUGUUCAAAAUGCCCAGAAGAUCAAUAUCCAAAUAAGGAGCAAGAUUCAUGUAUUGCAAAGAAAAUAUCUUUCUUGUCCUAUGAAGAGCCAAUGGGAAUAGGUUUAUUUACUCUUGCACUUUUCUUUACUCUCUGCACAACUGUCAUACUCAGAAUAUUUUUGAAGUACCACAAUACUCCCAUUGUCAAGGCCAAUAACCGAAACCUCACCUACCUUCUACUCAUCUCUCUCAUCCUCUGCUUCCUCUGCUCACUGCAGUUCCUUGUUAUGCCCAGCAAUAUAAUUUGUCUUUUCCGACAAAUUAGCUUUGGCAUCAUCUUCUCAGUGGCUGUGUCUUCUGUUCUGGCAAAAACUAUCACUGUAGUUCUGGCUUUCAUGGCUACCAAGCCAGGAUCAAGGAUGCGGAACUGGGUUGGAAGAGGACUGGCAAUCCCCAUUGUUCUUUCUGGUUCCCUAAUUCAAACAGGCACUUGCAUGGUAUGGCUGUUUACUUUUCCCCCUUUUCCUGACAUUGAUACCCAUUCAAAAAUGGAGGAAAUAAUUCUACAGUGCAAUGAAGGUUCAGCUACCAUGUUCUACUGUGUCCUGGGCUACAUGGGCUUUCUGGCAACUGCCAGUUUCACAGUAGCAUUUUUCUCCAGGAAUCUCCCCAGCAGUUUCAAUGAGGCCAAAUGUCUCACAUUUAGCAUGCUGAUCUUCUGCAGUGUGUGGCUCUCCUUUGUUCCAUCCUAUCUGAGCACCAAAGGAAAAUACAUGGUGGCUGUGGAAGUUUUCUCCAUUUUAUCUUCUAGUGCUGGAUUGCUUGUGUGUGUAUAUUUCCCCAAAUGCUACAUAAUUAUUUUUAGGCCAGAAUUAAACAACAGAGAAGAAUUAAUAAAAAGAAAAUAUUAA